AUGGAAGCCCUUCUGUCCGCCGCCCCUACUCUGCUUCGCUCCUCCGCACCUAAGCCCACUUUAAGGUUCCUCUCCUCCUCCUCCCCACUGUUCUCAGUUGAAAGGAGCAGGAGAGCUGCUUGGAGGAGCACCGGGAGGGCUUCCCUCCGCCGUGUUGCCGUGUCUGCGGCAUCUCAGCCAUCCGAAGCGGCCUCCACCGCCACCGUCGAGGCCUCCGUGCCGGCCACCAUGAAGGCCUGGGUCUACGGCGACUACGGGGAUGUGGACGUGCUGAGAUUCGACGAGAGCGUGCCGGUCCCGGAGGUGGCGGAGGACCAGGUUCUCGUCAAGGUGGUGGCCGCCGCGCUCAACCCCGUCGACUUCAAGCGUCGCCAAGGCAAAUUCAAGGCGACAGAUUCUCCCCUCCCCGUGAGUCUCUAUUCGAUCCUUGUUCCAUUCCCGAUCCGGUUCCCCUCUCGAAUCUGCAGAGCUUUCCCUCAUAUGAUGAUAAAUCUUCAUAGUGUUGAUCUUGGUGUCCUGAUUAUAUGUUUUCCUCAUUGAUAGUUUUCUUUGAGCGAGGAGGACUGCGAGUGGAACAAUCUUCUUCUUUUUCUGCUGUUGCUUGAUUUUCUUCUCAGAUAGGUCAUCGUGAGGCCUGAUUCCCUCGAUCUUUGCAGACUGUCCCAGGUUAUGAUGUGGCGGGCAUAGUGGUGAAGGUGGGAAGCCAGGUGAAGAGUUUCAAGGAAGGGGAUGAAGUGUACGGAGACAUCAACGAGAAGGCUCUGGAGAACCCUAAGCAAUCCGGGUCGCUCGCAGAAUAUACAGCAGUGGAAGAGAAGCUCUUGGCUCUGAAACCCAAGAACAUAGACUUCGUCCAGGCAGCCGGAUUUCCCCUCGCCCUCGAGACGGCCUACGAGGGCCUUGAGAAGGCCGGGUUCUCCUCCGGCAAGUCCGUCCUCGUCUUGGGCGGGGCCGGCGGAGUUGGGUCCCUCGUGAUUCAGGUGAACUAUCUAUAUUGGUCCCCGGAGGAUCUUUUUUUUGAGAAUCAUAGUUUUCUGGUCUUUCCUCUUUGUUCAGUGGCUCUAGUCUCUGGUUGAUCCAAGGACUCUCUCUCCUCCUCUUUUUCUUCCUCUUCCCGAGUCGAAUUCAGCUGGCGAAGAACGUCUACGGCUCCUCGAGAGUCGCUGCGACCUCCAGUACCGGUAAAUUGGAACUUCUGAAGAGCUUGGGGGCUGACUUGGCGAUCGACUACACCAAGGAGAACUUCGAAGAACUGCCUGAGAAAUUCGACGUCGUCUACGACACCGUCGGUAUGCUCCACCUGGUUAUUUUCUCUAUUCCGAGUAAUAUUAUCCAUCUUGAUCAACGGAGCUGACAGACCGCGGUGAUGGGCGCUGCUAACAGGGCAGGGAGAGAAGGCGGCGAAGGCGGUGAAAGAAGGCGGCAGCGUGGUAUGCCUGACCGGCGCCGUCGUCCCCCCGGGCUUCCGGUUCGUCGUCACCUCCAACGGGGAGGCGUUGGCGAAGUUGAACCCCUACAUAGAGGACGGGAAAGUGAAGCCUCUCGUUGACCCAAAGAGCCCCUUCCCUUUCUCUCAGGUGGUGGAGGCCUUCACCUAUCUCGAGACCGGGAGGGCCACGGGGAAGGUCGUCAUCCACCCCAUCUCCUGA